CUGAAAGGGAAACAUAUUACCUGAAUGUAAGAAGAUGUCCAGGGAUGGAAAUUACCACAGUGUUAGUGAGCCGAGACGAAGUUUUCCCUGUGUGUUUCCCAAGAGUUCGAAUGUAAAGUGGAUGACUGAUUAAAUUAGUUUUGUUGCUAAAGAAGAAAAGUGUGCAGUUCGGGAGCGGAAAAAAUACUUAUAUUACCGUGAGCUGCAAAUUAUCUCGUCUUCAUCUCGAUUUGUCGCAAUCACAGGAAGUUGGGCAGGUGUACUUCACAAAUCUGUAAAGUUCAAGGCAGAAGACUUCAGACUUGAAGGUCCUGAAAAUUAACGCGUCGCCUGAAGAAAUACUCAGCGAUGGCCCAAAGAGCGGUAAAAUAAACACCGGAUGCAUUUGAUAAUUCAAACUGCUUUGUUGUAGCAAGAAAACCGGAUAACUUGUAUUUGCGACCUAGCCUUGUUUUCUGCGAAAUUGAAGACGUUUUUGCAAGCAUCAUCGACAGAUACAUUAGCAGACACGUUAUCAUCUCUUGAAUGAAGCAAAUUUAACCGACGCAUAUCUAGUAAACCGCACUUGAUUCGAAAGCCUUAAACACUUCUGCCUGUCAGAGAUACGAGAACAAUCAUGACACGAAAACGAACUACACUCGCGCAUAAGACUUCCCUAGUCUUACUGCUGAUGCUUGUGUCUAGAACUGAAGCAAACUAUACUCUGGGCUUGCUUAUUCCUAUGACUGAUGUGGAUUACCCAGAGGAUGGGCAAUAUUAUGCUUCCGCGAUGAGUAUUGCGGUGGAUGCUGUAAACAGACAGCAGAACCUCUUACCAGGUCAUAACAUUUCUUUUAUUUGGAACGACACUGCGUGCUGGAAGGAAGAUACGACCAUUCGUGGGUUAUUGCACCAGAUGUACGAAGCUAACGUUGCCGCGAUUAUUGGACCGGCUUGUUUGUGUAAUACUUCUGCCCGCAUUGCGGCUUCCUUUGACCUUCCCAUGAUUUCUUACUUAUGUAGCAGUCCGGAACUUUUAAACAAGGAGCUUUACUCUACGUUUGUAAGAACGUACACCCAAACUACUAAACUUGCCGAGAGCGUUUGGUUGUUACUUAAGGAGUUCAAUUGGUACAAAGUGGGUAUUGCGUUCGAGCAACUUCCUCCUUGGAGUAACAGAAAGGAAGAUAUUGUAAAGUUUCUUAAGAUGAGAGGAGUUGAGAUCCGAAUUGAGAGAGAGAUUCCAGAUGAGGCUCAAGAACGUGAGAAUCAACCGGCUAAAAUCAGACAGCUCAUGGAAGAAAUGAAACCGCAAGCGCGCAUAAUUAUCAUUGCUGCUAAUUUCUACACUGCCCGUGAGAUGAUUCUUCCUGCUUACGAGCUCGGGUUCACCAAUGGUGACUAUGCGUUUAUCACGUUCGAACUGGAUUACAAUGCAGUCUUACGCGGACAGGCUUCCCCUCAUUCAUGGUUCCUCGUCCCUUCGGAUGGGACCGAUAGGUUCCGAUGCAAGUUUCAGGAAGGGUUUGAAUCUGUGCUAACGCUUGCACUGGACGUCGACGAAAACAGAGGACCCUUCGACAUUUUUCAGACCGACGUCAAGAAACGUUCGCCUGAAGUGCCUUUUCCUAACAGUUCCGCCUACCAAGGAUAUAUUUUUGACAACCCCUCCUUUUUACCACGUAACACAACCACGCCACCAAUGUAUGCAGCCUUCCUUUACGACGCAGUCUACCAGUAUGCCAUUGCAUUGAACGAGACAAUAGCUCGGAACGAGAAACCAAACGGGAAAAACAUCAUUUCCAAGCUACUGAACAGGGAAUACGACAGUAUCCGUGGUCAGCGAGUUUUCAUUGACAAAAAUGGAGCUGCUGAAGUUGACCUGGUCCUUUUGGACAUGCGCUGGGAAUUCACAAGAGAAAAUUGCCCAAAGAAUGCCUCUAACACUGCAACCAUGGUACCGGUCGGAUACUUUAAGGUCACCUAUACCAACAGCAGCGAAGUCAGCUUUUCCUUCAAGCUCUCACAGGAUGAAAAGAUCGAAUGGCCAGGAGGUUCUCCGCCUGAGGAUAGCCCAGAGUGCGGUUUUGAUAAUGAUAAAUGUAACCCCCCGGAUUCUCCUGUUGGUGAAAGUGUGAAAAUGGCGAUCAUCGCUGGAAUAUCUGGCUUUGCUGGUCUUCUCAUUCUCCUGUUUGGCGUCAGCAGGAUAAGACAAAUUAGGUUGGAGAAAGAGUUAAAGAGUUUACUUUGGAAAAUAAAUUAUGAGGAAAUUGCCCUUAAAAGAUCACAUACAGGUCCAGCCGCGUUUACAGAUGAUGAACACUUUGAUUUACCCAAAGACACGGAGGAAACGGAAGCACCAUUGCUGAUGGAUUCAUUCAUGAAUGGUGACAUUAUUGGCGACUCCACCCGUUUUGGAUUUUUUAAGGGAACCUCAGUUGUUGUUAAGCGAGUUGGGACAAAACAUGUUGACUUGACACGUUCAGUGCUCCUAGAAAUGAAACAGAUGCUUGAUAUCCGUCACGAUAACCUUUCGCACUUUAUUGGUGCUACCGCUGAUCCUCCGAAUAUUUGCAUCGUGUCUGAAUUCUACUCUCGUGGGAGUCUUCAGGAAAUCCUGGAAAAUAAAGAUGUAAAAUUGGAUCACAUGUUCAUCUGUUCACUUGUUAAUGACAUCGCGAAGGGAAUGGGUCAUCUUCAUUGCACGGACAUCAAGUCGCAUGGAAGUCUCAAGUCUUCCAAUUGUUUAGUGGAUAGCCGUUGGGUACUAAAAAUUGCAGACUACGGACUUCCGACCUUUCGUUCGAAACUAACGAAAACUUUUAAAUAUACUGAAUCUUAUUACGAAGAUUUGUUAUGGACGGCUCCUGAAAUUCUUAGACUAAGCAGUCGUCCUGUAAAUGGAACACAGGAAGGAGACGUGUACAGUUUUGCCAUCAUCUUGCAAGAAUUCCACACACGAGAAGGGCCUUACAGUGCAAACUACAUGCAACCAGAGGAAAUUGUAAAGAGAGUUACAGAGGCCGAAAUACCGCCCUUUCGCCCCACGGUCGUGAACCUUAUCACUGGAGUGGAAGAGCUCAGAGAAUUAAUGAAAUUAUGCUGGGAGGAAAAGCCUGAAGCUCGCCCAGAUUUUCAUGAUAUAAAGAAGACUAUGCACAGAAUUGUUAGUAACAGUGGCAUGAAAACAAAUAUUUUCGACAAUGUGGUGUAUAUGAUGGAGAAAUACGCGGACAAUCUUGAAGAUCUUGUAAGCGAAAGAACUGUACAGCUAAUGGAGGAAAAGAAAAAGACAGACGCCCUGCUGGACAGAAUAUUACCACGUCCCGUGGCUGAGCAGCUUAAAAGGGGCAAAGCAGUGGAAGCGGAGAGUUUUCAUGAAGUGUCGAUCUACUUUAGCGAUAUUGUGGGAUUUACACAGCUUUCAUCAGACAGUACACCAAUGCAGGUUGUGACGUUUUUGAAUGCCCUGUAUACAUUGUUCGAUGACAUCAUAAGGGAGUUUGAUGUUUAUAAGGUGGAGACAAUUGGUGACGCGUACAUGGUUGUAUCAGGUCUACCAAUCAGAAAUGGCGAUAGUCAUGCUGCUGAAAUUGCAGGCAUGGCUCUUCAUCUGAUCGCUGGAGUGAAGCAGGACUUUGUGGUGCCUCAUAGGCCUGAUCAUAAAAUUGAACUGCGUGUUGGUAUACAUAGUGGUCCAGUUGUUGCAGGAGUAGUGGGAAGUACUAUGCCUCGUUACUGUUUAUUUGGUGAUACAGUGAACACUGCGUCUAGGAUGGAGUCAACUGGAGAAGGUUUAAAAAUUCACAUAAGUGAGGCCACAAAGAAACUCCUUGAAAAAUUAGGAGGUUUUAGAAUCGAGGAAAGAGGAGAUGUGUUCUUAAAGGGCAAAGGAACGGUUAAAAGUUAUUGGCUUGUGGAUUUCGCGAAAAAGACACCACGCUUUAGUCGGCGUUCAUUUAAGAGAGUUAAAGAACACUCAGACCAAUCCUCGGGCUUACUUGGAAUAUUGGAAGCCCCGCCAUCUCCCUGCAGGGUAUCUCGGACGUCUUCUCUCAGAAGAACUAUGAAAUCUAUGAAGCCUGAACCUCAAGUAGCGAAAGGAAAACACGUAGUUGACGCAAACGAUAAAUCGGACGAUUUCUCGUCUGUUUGACAUCGAACUAUUGAGUCAUCAUACACGAAGUACAAGGCUUGGAGAUUACAUCUGACGGAAUUGUCGCUGACUACAAGAGAUAUUCUAUUAUACGCUUAGAUGCUGGAAGAAUUUUUGUUGUGACGCACACCUCAGUGUGCUUUUGAAUACGUCCAAUCUAGUUUGCUACCUUAGUUUGCUUUCGGUUGUUUUCUCAAGUCUGGUCACAACGAGCUAAAUACAGAGUUCCAGUCUCAAAGCAGAAACCUAUUUAGGAGAAUCGCCAUCGACACAAAGAUAUGUACAUCAUUCCCAUGUGCUCAGUUAUUCAAUCAUUCAAAUAAUCUUGUGUGGCCAACAGUUUAAAACGAAUGUCAUAGUUAUGCAAUGCGGAGCUAUAUUUUUGAGGAUGUAGAAAUAGGAUUUAGAAUUACUUAUGAUGAGAAAACAACGCGCAAAGAAAUUUAUGCAAUAUAUAAUGCAUGUCCCGCUGUAGAUGAAAAGCUAGAAAUUUUAUUAGAGCAGGUAAAUGCUAAGACAUUGUUGCUAAUGCGUAAUCAAAUAAUGAACCGAAAUGAACUUAACCGGUGCUAUUGCGUUUGUAGCACAAAUGUUCAUGGAAGUGUAGAAAUCCUUUUUAUCUGUUUAUAGCGACUAAGAAAAGCUUUUUUAGAAGGCUUUUUAUUUUUUGUUGCAAAAGGAGCCAAGGCGAACUUUCAAGCAAGCCUUUCUUCCCAAAAUUUAUCAUGAAAAUUUUUAUCGUAAUAUUAACGUGACUUUGCAUAAACCGUACACGGACGGUCUUUGAACAAAACAUGGCCUCCGAGAACUUUCGCUGAAAUUAAAUUUAAUUCAAUUCUUUCAUGGUCGAUUUGCUCCACCGAAGGUUGAAUUGGUAUGUUACAGCCAGUUUAUCAUCCCAUAGUUAAAUGUUCUAUCUCCCUAUGUCGGAAUCCCCAACCCAUCUUGACAGCUUUGCCAACAGUAAACCAAAGACAAAACAAGCUGUACUACCAUUUUCGCCCCAAUACCCAGUUCGUUACUGCCACGUACCUUUCCAGCCACAGUCAAAUCCCAAAAGUGUUUCAUACUUGUGUUUCUUUUCAAUUUAAAGUUUCCUAUAGUGUUUACACCGUCAAAAUUUGGAAUAAGAAAAUAAUCACAACAAUAAGAUUUACCGUAAAUGAAUAAAUACAUUAUUCAAGGAAGACAAAAAUGGACAAAGAUUUUUUUUUAAUCAAAGAUUUUGCAUAUUUACACCAAAGGAACAAUGUAGAUAUUGUAACUAUACAAUAUACUAGGAAUAAAGAGCUGGUAACCUUGUCCCUCGAAGGGAAAAAAGUAAAGACCUGAGAAAUUCCAGGUUGUGUCAGUUUCUGUGUUACAUAUAUCGGAGUAAAACUGAUGGAUUUAAAA